ACGGUCCAGAGCCCUCGUGCGGCGCUGCACCUCCACACCAAAUAAGGACAGGAGCGGUGAGAUCCUUCCAGCAUAGCCAGGGGAGCCCACACUGCCCUGAAGACUUGUCCCAGGGCCGGAGCUCCCCGCUAGGCUUAGGGGAGAAGGAGGAGAAGGGUGCCGGGCCGCCAACACACACGCACCUCCACAGGUCCCUGGUGCCAGGGAGAGACAGAGAGACGGACAUGCCACUCAACCUGGUUCUGAUCGGACCGGCCCCUUGGGGGUUCAGGCUGACUGGCGGGAAAGACUUCAACCAGCCCCUGACUGUUUCCCGGAUAACCCCGGGCAGCAAGGCAGCCCUCGCCAGCCUGUGUGCUGGGGACCUGAUCUUGGCCAUUGAGGGGGUCCCGGCCUCAGACAUGCUGCACUGCGAGGCCCAGAACAAGAUCAAAGAGGCCUCCACCCAGCUGUGCCUCACCGUGGAAAGGACUGAGCCCAGGCUGUGGUCCCCUCAAGUUAAAGAAGAUGGUCAAGCCAACCGUUUCAAAGUCAACCUGGAAGCAGAACAUCAGGAGUACAAACCUAUCGGGGCGGGACAUAACCGGAAGGCUCAGCCAUUCAUUGCAGCUGCAAACAUCGACGACAACCGUCAGGUGGUCAGCUCGGCGUACAACACCCCCAUAGGCCUCUACUCCUCUGGGAACAUCCAGGACGCAAUGCAGGGUCAGAUCAAAGGCCUGGUCCACGACAAGCCCGACAGCCCUAGGACCCUGGCCUCCAUCGAGGAGUCUGAUGUGUACCGCAUGCUGCAGCAGGACCAUGAGGAGAGCCAGGAGCCCCGGCAGUCGGGCUCCUUCAAAGCCCUGCAGGAGUUCGUAGACAGCGAUGGUACUCGUCCCAUUGUGACCAAGAGCGUGAGAGCCCCCAUGACCAAGCCCAACGCACCCACGGGCAACCUACAAAAGCUGCCUCUCUGUGAUAAGUGUGGAAACGGCAUUGUGGGCACCGUUGUAAAAGCCAGGGAUAAGUAUCGCCACCCCGGCUGCUUCGUGUGUGCGGACUGUGACGUCAACCUGAAGCAGCAGGGCUACUUCUUUGUGGAGGGCCAGCUGUACUGUGAGGCUCACGCACGCGCACGGACGAGACCCCCAGAGGGUCACGACCUCGUAACGACUUUUACCUCCGCAUAGGCGUCCGUGUUCAUGAACAUGUUGUAUAGGGACGUCUAUAUAACUACACCCACCCACACACAUACAUAAACACACUCACAAACGUCUACCAUUGCGUCAUAUGUAGAGUUAAUCUACAUUGUUACGUUCUGCCACUUAUAAGCUUUUACAUUGAGUGGCUACACUGACAUUUUUUGUCAAAGAGAUUUGAGCAGAAUUGAAAAACAAUUUGAUCUGUUCCUCACAUGCAAUAAAACCUGAUGGCAUGUUCCUCUUUCCUCCUAACAUAUUGUCAAGACACAUAGUGUCUUCAGAUCAGAAAGGGACUAUGGAGUGGAUGGCUCCACGAUAGACAUCGAUUGACAUCAACGCUUUUUAAAAAUAAUUAUUGUAAAAGCACAUUUUAACAUUGCUACACUUUAUCGACAUUAAGUACAAUGUCAUCAAAAUGAACAAACAUAUUACCUUAUUUAAGAAAGGGACGAUUGAGUGAUUAGCUCAACAAUAACUGCAAAUACACUUGUAUUGCUGUACUAUUUUGAACUGAAUUAAUAAUAAGAAUAUUGAUAAUAAAGAAUUGAGUUAAACACUGAAGUUGCACUGGAGUCCCUGUUUUAUCUAUAAAUCAUAUAAAACCCAUCAUGACAAUAUGUAUGUAGAAAGAUGCUGAAGAUGAAGAUGCUGACCAUACUACUUUGUUGUGCAAUUUGAGGUCCCCCUUUUUGCCUUGUCUGUUCAUGAGUAGAAAGUAGAUCAAGGGCUAGGGUUCGGAACACCACGUUCCUUUUGACUUCUAAAUGUCUCUAAGCCCAACAGUAAGGCAACACAUUUUACAUGGAAGAUUCUUAAGGAGUUAGGAUCAAGAUUAAGAUUGCUUUUUAUGAAGUCAUUACAGUAUUUCCUCUCCACAACAGGCUUCGGGUCGUCUCUCACGUCUCUUGCUUCUCCCAAUAAGUCCUUUUUAGCAAAUGUCACCUAUCCACUGCUCAGAUGGGUUCUAAGAUACAUAAUACGCCCAGUUAAAAUUAAACAUUCUUUCAAAAAGUCAGAUUCUUGUACAUGAACAAUCGAACCACAUUAAAUGCUUUUAAAUGAAUUUGUUAAUAACAUUGAACCAUCAAUGGAACUCGAUUAAAUCCAAUUUCACAGUAAUUGUUUCAUCUGGACAAUGCAACCUUUUACAUGAUAAAAAAUUACUGAUUCGAAUCCCCUUCUAACAUUGCCACUUCGUUCCCAUAUGUCCAGCUUGUAAUGGUAUUUUGGUGUCGGCCAACAGAGGGUGCUAGAGCCUUUAUUUCAGUGCCUGUUGUAUCAAUCGUGAACGCAGUGGCGGAUUAUGUUGGUCAUUGGCCCCUAUGCUCUAUUUGUGUGAGGCCCCCUUACUGAUCGCGCAAAAUAACUUAAACUUCAAACAAAAAAAUUAUAAAUGUGCAAAAGCGUUCUAGGAAUAUUUCAUGGCCCACACGCACGCACUUGGGGCGCACUGGCACACACACACCCAUUGAGACAGACUGUACUAAAACAAUUAUACAGAAUGAUACAGAAAAUAGUGUGAAUUUGCUAUAGUGCAGCGACCGACAUUCACAGCGCAACUGCAAGCUGGUAACAGCUUUUAGCAUUCUAAUGGUGUUUUCGAGAUGCCUCGUACACCACCCACACAAGUUGCUCUUGUGACUGAAUUUCCUGGCUUUUAGCACUCAUAGCUUUCCCGUUUGUCUUUGUUAGGCAUUGGGUAGUCAUUGUAAUUGUUAGCUACAUUAGCCUCUUUACUUUGUAUUUAACACACAGCAAUUUGUUAAUAAAAAAACCAACAUUAAAAUGACCAGCAUGGUAGAAAUACAAAGAAAUACAUCUCUUUACGGGCGCAGCCAUUUUUGUUUGUCGAAUCGUACGGUCAACCUCACUGAACUCUGUUGACUCUCAGAAUCCCGAGUGGGACGGACCUAAAGGGGGUGUGCCUCGGUGAAAUGCCGCAAAAAAGCUGGGAGAUUUCCCACUUUUUGCAACUUGUGCGGGUGGUGUAUGAGGCAUCUCGAACAAACCAUGAAUGGGAAAUUUACUUUCGGAACCAGAGCUGUUCAAAAAGGGGGCGGUCACUGUUGCGCUCUAUUGCUGUUGCCGGCAAUCGAGACAGUCAUACCGUUGGAAUUUUGAACGGAUGCAUAAAAUGGUCGAAGCACCUGAAAUAGUUUUUCUUCCCAAAUAGCUGUCAGGUUCAGUUCAGCCAUUAACCAUGAAUCAAGAGUUGCGUGCUAGCCCAAUAUAUUUAAAUAUUAUUAGAAAAAGAUUCCACAGUGGAUUGUUUUGGUUUUUUGUUUAAACAAGUUAUUAUAGCCUUUCAGUGUAGACAUUGCAACAUUGCAAAAAAAAAAUUUUACCCAUUUCUUAUCCAUUUAUGUCUGGAUCUCAAUUUCUGGGAGCCAGUAAAACAAAAAGACAAAGAAAACGCAUUUGAAAGUUUUUACGGUUUAAAUAAGCAUUUGGGAUAUGUAUAAAUAUCUUAGUUUCUUUAUCCUUUUAAUUCAAUUUAUAUUGGAAUGGUUGAAGGGUACUCAAAUAUAUUAAAGGAUGCGCCCUAUUCAAUGGUCUGCCUUCGAUUUCAAGGGUACCAUUCUUUAUAGACAGCCAACCAGCUAAUAUAAUUAUAGGCCUACCACCUUCACAUGCAAAGCCACUUAUUCUUUUAAUCAAUGCAUAUUAUCUGUUGUCUGUAGAAGAAUAGAAAGCAAGAGACACAGCUGUGGCUUCAAUGUCCCCUGCUUUAUAUGAAUCCCGGAGGAACGAAGGCAGCAAGCAAAAUAAAUGAAAUUACUUAUUUCCAUAAAACAAUUAAAGGAGAACCUUUAUGACAGCUUGUCAAUCUUUGUAUUGAUUUAUUGGAGUCUUCUGGAACUAUAUGGAACUCACUUUGGAUUUAGAUGAAAAAACAAUUUGAAAUCUGCUCAUGCGCACACCAAGGUAUCCCCGGUCACAAACUGUUCCCAAGAUUUACUAUUUAUUCAUUCAGCAAAUGUUUUUUUCUCUAAUGAAUUUAGGCAAGGCAACUUUAUUUAUGUAGCAAUUUUCAUACACAAGGUAGAGUCAGAGUGCUUCACAUAGAAGCAUCGUCAUACAAUAAAAUUAAAUAAAAUAAAAUAGAUAAGUAAUAGAAAACAAAGGCAAAGUAAAAGAAAAAUGCAUUGUAGAAUGUCCAAUGUAUUUAAGAUUUGGCAGAAAGCUUAAGCAAACAUAAAAGUCUUAAUUUAGAUACAUGUCAUUAUGGAGCAGGUGUCACAGAUUGUACAGGGAGGUGAACCCAAGUGCAGCGAUCAGACUGGGGGUAGGUGCAGAAGGAACCUUUACUUUGUCAAAACACGCAGACAGAAACAAAUCUACAACCAACAAGGAACCAAGAAAAUGAGCAGAACCUAGGUUACUAAUACAUGGCACACAGGUGACUAAUUAACACAGGGGGCCAACAUUAGACUUACAACACUAAGCAACAAGAGUUAGCAAUAGGUAUUGAGUGUGGUUGGGUCAGGCUGGUUACAGGAGGUAUUGGAAUCUUGCUCAAUGAUGCCGAAAGGGUAGGCUGUGGUCAUUGGAGAUUGAACCAAGGACCUUUCAGCUGGGAGUCAAACACCUCAGAAUAUCCUUAAGCUUUAAAACGCUUUUUAGUAAACAUAGUAUAUGUAUAUAUGUAUAGUAUUGAUUCUUUAAUAAAAUAACAUUUAUUUUAAUUUAGGCAACAGGAUUUUUCAUAUUAUUUACUUACUAUUACUUACCACCACACCAUUUAGUAGAUAAGGUUCACACAACUUGCAUAAAUACAUCUUACACUAAUCCGCCACUUGUUCACAUUGUACAUGUAUGCCUCGUUUCCACCUAGUGGUGCGGUACUAAACAGGCCGUCCGUUGAUUGGUCGACCGAAUUGUCACUUCCGUGGGACAGAAGAAGAACAAAAACGAAACAGCACCCGCAAGGUAUUUCUGCAAAGGCUAUACCUUCGUUUAUUGAAGAAAAUGUCCCAAAAAAAAUUUUUUUGCCGUC